AUGGCCCAUUAUCUCAAUGGUCCAAGUCUCUUUUCGUCACCUUUGUCUGUGCAGAAGAAAGGGCUUGAAAUCAAGGAUGAUUUUCUGAUUCAGUUUGAGGAUCCUGAGUUCGGAAAUGAACUCUGUAACUUGACCAAUAUAACAGAGCUUCCACCAGAAAGAGCAGUGCUGAAGAUACUCCAGAAAGUACCUGAAGACUCAGAACCAGAGACCUCGAUUUGCUCUUUAGACACUGCCAGUGUGUCCUCUCCAUCUGAUAGCUCAAACCAGAGUUUCCCCUUUGUUUCUGUGAGACAGCAUGGAAAUUCUCAGUGGCCAUCUCCUUUCCCGAUUCCCAAGUUCUCUUAUGAUGUUGAGUUGCGGCUUGAGAAAGGGAAUGGGAAUUUUAAAGAAGAUGGAACACUGCUCACUGUACCAAGAGAAUUGAAAAUGGACAUCCUGGACAGCAUAGCUCAGGCAAUUUUUUCAUUCAAAGCUUACCCAAACAAUCAAGAGUUGGAGUCUGUGUCUGCUGCACUGAUUGAAAAGUAUCCAUGUCUAAAGGACCCAGGCUCAGGAACAGGUUAUCACAGCUGGACUAUGAGCAUCAAAUAUAAGAUUGGAAACUACCGUCAGAAACUCCGAACAGCAGGUUGCUCUGAAGUCACUGUGAACCAAAAAAGAGUGAACAAUGACUCUAGAUGUUUAAAGAAAGCAAAGAGAUGUGAGAUAAACUUCCUCCCGGACAACCCAGUAGGGCAGACAGAUUAUUCCUUACAAAAGGAAAAAGAUGCACUACAGGAGGAAAUGAAGAAGAAACAUUUCAGCAUGGCAGUUGUUGACUCCAAAAUGGAUCUGACGUUCUCUCUGAGAAGGAAGGAGAUAGUUGAUGAAGAACCUCUUGUGGCUGAUGUCCUAAAACAAUGGCCAGCAUUGUUUUUGGAAGAUCAGGUCUGUGCUGAGUUUUACAGAAUUACACAAACCAACCUGAAGAGUACCUUUUUGUCUUCUUUGGAUGAAUACGCAUCAAAGAUGAUUAUGUUGUACCGAUCAUGUGGUGGAGCCUAUGGAGAUGAAAUGAAGACCCUCCUAGACCAACUUGAUCAAGCUUCUGAUGUGCUUGCUCAAAGAAAAGCUACAGCUCUCAAAGGUCUACCUUUGUUUAUGAGGGAAAAGUCUAGAAACUUCCUGGAGUCAUGCCUGGACACAGACCCAGAAAACACUCGCACAAAAGGGAUGAAGAUGGGUAUCUUAACUGUCAUUGAAGAUGACGUUGCCACCAUCCAUUCAAACCCAAAUGUAAGGUGCCUGUCUGUAGUUCUAGAGGAGCAAGUUGUGUUGGAUAAUGUUCAAGACCUCCCUACAGCUGUUGCUCUCCUAUUUGGCUUGAUUUACGCUCUCAACAUUAGCUAUCCUAAAGAACUAAAAUACACUUUUGAAACCAUUCAGAAAGUGUUUAUCGGCCUUGACCCCCAGUGCUCUGCAAGAGUCCAGUCCUUCAAAAGCAAAUUGUUAAAGUUUAAGUAGCUGCAGUUCAUAUGGCUAAUCAAAAGUGCAAGUACUGAUUUGUUCCUGUUAGUUCAGUAGCUGUAUAACAGUUUAACAUAUGCCAAAGACAGUUUUGAGUUUUAAUGUAAGGUUUUAUGACUAAGUUGUGUUUUAACAGUUGUAAUACUUGAUACCUCUAGCACAUGUUGAAACUCUGAAGUCGUUUAUUGCUGCUGCAUUUUAAGAUUGUUAUUCUGGCUCUUGUUUGAGAACAAUUUUGUUUAGCACUUUAAGAGCAUUUGUGUUGUUUUACUCCAGCACUUUAAAGGCAUUUCAAGAUUG